GCAAGCUUCGACUUCAGGUCCUACUGUUGUUCCACCGAAUUAUUCCUCUCGCACAGGAAAUUGGUGGAGGAUUUUUUGAGUUCGUUUCUUGUCCAUCUUCAUAGGUUGUUCCCCCUGAAGGUUACUACUCUGUCACAAUGGCUGCCAACAGUACAGGACCCCAGUUCGCCUAUUUUGGGCAGGAGGCCACCUUUGGGUACCCAGCAGGGAUGACUGUGGUAGACUUCGUCCCAGACGAGGUCAAACACAUGGUCCACCAGCAUUGGUACAGCUUUCCUCCAGUGAAUCCAAUGUGGCACUACCUGUUAGGUGUGAUUUACAUCUUCCUGGGUUUCUUCUCCAUUACUGGCAACCUGAUUGUGAUCAACCUGUACUUCAAGGCCAAGUUUCUCCAGACCCCCGCGAAUUUAUUGGUCGUGAACUUGGCCGUUUCUGACAUGAUCAUGUUGACCACCAACUUCCCACCAUUUGCCUACAACUGCUUUAUGGGUGGACGCUGGAUGUUCAGCGCCUUCUACUGUCAGCUCUACGCUGCUCUUGGUGCCGUAACUGGUGUCUGCAGCAUCUGGUCCUUGGUGAUGAUCUCCUGGGAUAGGUACAACAUCAUCUGCAAUUCCUUCAACGGCCCUAAACUGACUGCUGGCAAGGCUAAGAUGAUGUGCCUCUUCUGCUGGGCAAUGGCCAUUGGCUGGGCUCUUCCUCCAUUCUUCGGAUGGGGCAAGUACAUCCCCGAGGGGAUCCUGGACUCCUGCAGCUAUGACUACAUCUCACAGGACUUCAACACCAAGAGCUACAAUAUGUGCAUCAUCUUCUUCGACUUCUGCCUCCCAGCAACCAUCAUUGUAGGGUCUUAUGUCUUCAUCGUAAAGGCCAUCUUCGCCCACGAAGCCGCCAUGCGUGAGCAGGCCAAGAAGAUGAAUGUUGCCAACCUUCGUUCCAACGAAGCCGAGUCCCAGCGUGCUGAAGUUCGCAUUGCUAAGACCGCCAUCGCCAACGUCAGCUUGUGGUUCUGUUGUUGGGUCCCCUAUGCCAUCAUCACCAUUCAGGGUGUGUCUGGAAACUACCACAACAUCACCCCACUGGUGACUAUGCUUCCAGCUCUCCUGGCUAAGAGCGCCUCCUGCUACAAUCCUUUCGUUUACGCCAUCAGCCAUCCCAAGUUCCGUCUGGCAAUCACCAAACACAUGCCCUGGUUCUGCGUCCACGAGGAAGAGAAGAAGUACGACGAUAACCAGACAAGCAAUUCAGAGAAAAACGAAAAAGCUUAAGUUUAGGAAAAUGAAAGCAGGAUGGUGCGUUCAGGUUGCUGUGCAACAAACUUCCCCCAAAACCAGCGGCGCCACCACGCAGCAGCAGAGUGUCGGGAAAAGGGGCGACCUUACAAAUUGCAUCGAAAAAAAUAUACAAAAAUGAAACCAAAGCUUUUUGGUUUUGGAAAAAUAAAUCCU